AUGAAUCUUGCACUGAUUGACCCUUUCCAACUAGCCCAGGAUCAUCCCGAUACAUUGAUCAAUGUACUUCGAAGCGGUCAUGCAAUUGCUCUCCGAUUCAGUCGCAAGGGCGACUAUCUUGCCUCAGGCCGGGUGGAUGGCAAGCUGGUCAUUUGGGACAUGCAAACCAUGAGCGUUGCGCUGAAAAUGCAUGGCCAUUUCAAGCAAGUACAAUCAAUCAGCUGGUCACGAUGCGGUCGGUACAUCCUGAGUGCGGCUCAGGAUUGGAGAGCCAUUCUCUGGGAUCUUGCAGACGCAAGCAGAGUUCGAAUAGUCAAGUUCCAAGCCCCAUGCUACAUGGCCGAGCUUCAUCCAUACAACCACAAUCUUUUUAUAUGCGCUCUCUUCGAGGAUACGCCGUUCCUCGUUGACAUCACCAAUGCCAAACCAGUUAAGCGUGUUCUUCCCUCCAAUCCACUGAUGGACAACUCUCUCUCAUCAAAAGAUGGGAAACAUACCACAUGCGCCGCAAUCUUUUCGCUCCACGGCAACCAUAUCUUGACCGGCACUAAUAAAGGCUAUAUCAACAUUAUCGAGACCGAAACCCGGACGAUCAUCCACAGCGCUAAGAUCAGUGCAGGCUUGAUUACUCUUCUUCGCCUCAGUUCUAAUGGUCGAUCCCUCCUGGUCAAUAGCACUGAUCGAAUAAUUCGAGUCAUCCAUCUACCUGAUCUCACACAGAUCAGGCCGUCAAACGCGGUACUGAAUCAUGAUGAAGACACGGAUCCAGGCACGGUAGCAGAAAACAUCACGUUAUCAGUUGAACACAAGUUUCAGGAUCUUGUCAACCGCCUACGAUGGAAUCACACCACUUUCUCACACUCAUCAUCUAACUCAUCUUCGGAUUAUGUAACAGCUUCCACGUACAUGAAAAAGGACAUUUACAUCUGGGAGCUAAGCACCAACUCCCUCCUCCGCAUCCUUGAAAACAGCGAAGAACCCGCAAUCAUUGAGUGGCAUCCCUCCCGUCCGUUGAUUGCCACCACGGGGAUCGAGACUGGUGGCAUCCAAUUCUGGGGUAUCGAGCCCCAACAGAAAUGGUCUGCGCUCGCACCCGACUUUGCCGAAGUGGAAGAGAACGUAGAAUACACGGAGCGUGAGGAUGAGUUUGAUGAGUAUCCCGAGGAGGAACGCACGAAGCGACGACUGGAUCGUGAAGAUGAGGAGGUCGACAUCUUCACGAUAGAGCCGACAAAGGCGGAUGAGGAGGAGGCGUUCGUGCUGCCCGUCAUUAUUGGCGUUGAUCAGGAAUCCGAUGAUGAUGAUGAGUUGGUGCCGACCGGGGUUGGGACCAUGAGAAAGAAGGAGGCUAAUGAGGGACGGGAGUGGGAGGAGAGUGCUGAGCCUGCGGUAGUUGCCCGACGACGGGCGCGGUGA